AUGACAGAACAAGUUCAAUUUUCAACCGUCGAAGGAGUAUCUAGCAAACAUAAAGUUGAAGAAAUAGAUGACAUACACAAACUAGUCAAUAAAUCGAUUGCAUCUUCAUGUCCAUCAACAUCAUCAUUGAUUUCUUCUAUAUUUACUUCACUUAACAUGUCAUUGCGUAGUCGCUGUCAAGCAUUAACUAUUCUCGUAUGGUGGUUACUACCAUUUAUUUGUUUAUAUUUAACAAUAUAUUUUCUUCGUUCCGAUCGUUGGUAUCUAAUCUGGGGCGUUCUUCUCUAUAUAGCAUGGAUGAUCAGCUUUCGAAAGUAUCCUAAGGAAGGUGGUCAUAGGCAACAAUGGUUUCGUCGGCUGGUUUGUUGGAAAUGGUUUGUCGACUAUUUUCCGAUUCGUUUACAUAAAACAUGUGAUUUAUCUCCUGAUUGUUCUUAUAUAUUUGGCUAUCAUCCACACGGAAUUAAUUGUCUUGGAGGCAUUGGUAAUUUUGCUACUGAAGCAACCGAUUUUGAAAAAUUAUUUCCUGGUAUUAAUCUUCGUCUUCUUGUUCUUAAAUCCAAUUUUCAAAUACCAUUUUUUGAUGUACUUUUAACAAUGAUGGGAAUAUGUGAUACAUCGAAAGAAUCAUGCAAUUAUAUUUUAAAACAAGGUAAAGGUAAUAGUAUUAUGUUAGUUCUUGGUGGUUCUAAAGAAGCAUUAGAUGCACGUCCAUCUUCCGAGUAUCUAUUAACGCUUAAAAGUCGCAAAGGUUUUGUUAAAAUUGCUCUUGCCAAUGGUGCAAAUCUCGUUCCUGUAUUUUCAUUCGGUGAAAAUGAUCUCUAUGAACAAGAUCCUAACCCACGCGGUUCAAAAUUACGAUACGUACAACUAUUUCUACAAAAAAAGACGGGCUAUGCAUUACCACUAUUUUAUGGACGUCGCAUUUUUCAGUAUAAAUUUGGAUUGUUACCUUACCGGCAUCCAAUCAAUACGUAUGUUGGUGAACCAAUUGAAGUACCAAAAUUAGCUCCAGAACACAUAACAUCUCAAGUAGUUGAUGAAUAUCACAAGAAGUAUAUGAAUGCAUUAAUACAGCUAUUUAAUACACACAAGGCAAAACAUGGUAAUGCAAACGCGUCGAUCGUUUUUGUCGACGAUACAAAUGUGUAA